UCCCGGAGCGGCGCCCGCCACCUCCUCGGGGACGGUCGGGCAUCUGCCCGCGCGGCCGGCGGGGCGUCGGGGCGGCCCGGGGUCCGGACAUGGCCCGGCGGCCGCCCCCGGGCUGCGGGCUCCGCGCGCUCCCCGCGCUGCUGCUGCUGCUGCUCCGGCCGCCGGCGACGCCGGGUGUGACGUGCCCUCCCCCGACGUCUGUCAAACAUGCAGACAUCCGGGUCAAGAGUUACGACCUGAACUCCACGGAGCGGUACACUUGUAAUGCUGGCUUCAAGCGGAAAGCCGGGACGUCCAGCCUGACGGAGUGUGUGCUUAACGCAACCACAAACACUGCCCACUGGACAAUUCCCAAUCUCAAGUGCAUCAGAGACCCCUCCCUGACUCAUCUAAAGCCAUCCUCCACAGAAGUGCCGACAAGGGUGACCCCAGAGCCAGAGGGCACCUCCCUUUCUGGAAAAGAGCCAGCUUUCACUUCCAAGUCAGACAGCACAGUGGCCACAAAGGCAACUACUGAGCCAGGCUCCAGGCCGAUGCCGUCCGAGCCUCCUGCCGCAGGAACCACAGGGGUAAUCAGUAAUGAACUCUCCCAAGCCCCAGCUCAGACAACAGCAAAAGCCUUGGAACACACUACCUCUGCCUCGCAGGAGACGCCAGAUACAUACUCAUACAGUUCCAGAACCGUGACUGUGACUGCGGCCAUCUUCACGCCUGUCGCUGUGCUCUGCAUCGUAGGUGUGGGACUUCUGGUGUGUCACAAACGAUCCAGGCAAACUUCACAGACACCCGGUGUUGAAAUGGAGAACAUGGAAGAGAUGCCAAUGACGGGGGGAACCAACGGCAGAGAGGAGGAUGCAGCGGCCGAGGCUGAAACAAGGGCACCACCCCUGCCCUAGCCGAAAAGGACUGAGGAAAGACUCAGGUGCUGGGUGCCAGCAAAGAGCCCAUCAGGAUGAUAAAACAAACAUGUUGGCAUCAUUUUAUCGACAGUGGCCAGCCAAGACACGUCCGGUAUUUGUAGGCUCUCCAAUCUCAGGAUGCCCUGUUUGAGGCCCAGGGCUGACUUCCCAAAGUCCUGGUACUUGAAGCUUUCCUGGGAGUGGCUGAACACCUCGGCUUUCCUUUUCUUUCAUUAUGACAUUUUUUCAGGAGAACUCAUCAGCCUGACUUGCAGUUCACAACGAAAUAAAUACACCUGUGGCUGGAAGAGAAUUAUGACGCUUCUCCUGGGUUAAGAGAUGUCUGAGAGGAUGACAAUGUUAUUGUAGCUCCAAACCACUGUCUCUCAGGUUAGGUGCUCUGUGUGCACUGAAAAGGACCAAAGAGGUACUGUGCCCAAUGAAUCCUCUUAAUUUAAGGAUUCAGAAAGAAGGAACUGAACUCUGUGCCAUUUUCCAGAUAUACAUAUUUCUAUUUAUACUCCUUGUCUAUUAUAUCUACAUAUUUUAUAUGUUAUUUUGAAACUGUGCCUUGUAUAAACAAAAUGUCUAUUUUCAAUACAAAAAAUAGUGCACUGAAAGAAUCAUGGAGGAGAAAUGUACCACAAAGAGGGAAAAAAAAGAGAAGAAAGUGGGGGAAUACAGAGCGCCAAAUGGUAGAGCUUGGCCUUUCUUUCUAAAAGUACGGGGGAAAAAAUCUUGCCUAGAGCUGGAGCUGAUCUCAGUUCUGGAAAAUCCCUAAGAUUUCCGUGAGAGAAGCAACAGGUCGUGGCCCAGGUGUGCCUGGCGCACACACUGUCUCUUCCCCUGCAUUGGUCUCUUUCUCUCCUUUAGAAUAUGUAUUUAUAAAAUCAUGGGCCCCAAUGUCACCUCAUUUUAUCGAUGAGAAAACUGAGGCCUAUAGAAGUUGACUUGCCCAAGGUCACAUGGCUCCUCUGAUGCUAGCUUGAAUGAAGUUUAGGAAGGGCAGUGGCGUAGGGGUGGAGCCGUCCCCACUAUAAAUGGAACAUCAGCCACCUCACACACAGCAGGGCAGCCAGGCAGCCAUCGCCAGCAUCCGGGAUUCAGGCCACGGAUUAGUAGCCACCGUGUGCCGCCAGGAGCUCUCAAAGUGCCCAUUCCUUACCAACUUCUUCCCACCCCCACUUUAGAUGGACUCAUCAAAAGUGAAGGAAGCGAAGGAAUUUCAAAUGGCCAGUGUCGGGAUUUUAGAUCCACUCGCUGAGAUUCUCCUUUUGAACGAGAGGAAACUCAUCGUCACACACGAGCUGAACCAUGCUCGUUGCUGUUGGCCUUCACACUUGAUUAUCCUGAACCUGCCUGCCUGUUUCAACUUUUUGCUUCUCUCUUCAGCCCUACAUUUCUAGAGUUUACCAUUCACUGGAUCUGUUUUGUUCUUUAUAAGAAGUUUUAAGAGCUUGGCCCAUGUUGUUUUGGAAACCAAUUUGACAGAAGACACGACUUGCACACAAACGGGCAUAGGUUCAGUAGAACCAGAAUUUUGAAAGGUUUCUGUGGGUGUUCAAGGGUUAAGUCACACGGCUACUUCAUGGGUCUGUGGUUCCACUGCACUCUCAUCUAUAGGAAACUAAUAUGAUGACCUCUGAGGGCCCACUUCUAAGCUAUAGAAUCACCUGGCUCAGAUCCAUCACAGAAAAAGUCUGUGGUCCAUCAGAUACCAACCAAGUUCAAGCUGGGGAAAUUACAUGACAAAAAAAUAGAUCUAGAAAAGUAGAUCUAGACCCAGAAGCAAGUGGGGUCGGAUGGAGCUGAGGUCUGGAAGGACUGAGGCCCAGUGGGGUGAGGAUGAAUAAAUAUAUCAAGUGCUUUAUUUAUUUAAGUGAAGAGAUAAAAUGAUUCUCUUACUAGGUGGUGUGGUCCUCCUAAGGACAUGUUCAAGUAACCUUUACGAUGCCAAAACAUACCACAGCCCCAGAAUUGACCCAAUGAGCAGUGAUGAACAUUUUGAAAUUAAGAACUGUUUUCAUCUUUGAAUUUUCAGGGAUGGAUGCAGUGCCCUGAAGGUGAUUAACAGA